AAAAGCAAGAAUCUUUGUUUACCAUGAUUGAAGGGAGUUUAUCCUUCUAGAUUUUACUCAAAUGGAACUGCUAAAAGUGCUUUUUCUUCCUUAUUUAUUAAAUGUUAAUGAAAAGGAAGAGAAAACUCCACUCUUAUACUGUAAGCGGUGAUCUCUCUCUUCAUAGUUCUGAUUUCAAACUUCGUAGGAGCAUUUGCUCGGAAGAAAGCAUCCAAAAUGGUGAUCACAUCCACUGCUACACACCCAGAUGAACAAGCACAGAGCAUAUUUUCUACCUUUGCUUCCAGAUAUGUGUGUGAACCUAUUCCCAGGUUCAAGAUACCAGAGAAAUCAAUACCAAAGGAUGCUGCUUAUCAGAUAAUAAACGAUGAGUUGAUGUUGGAUGGCACACCAAGGCUCAACUUGGCCUCAUUUGUGACCACUUGGAUGGAGCCUGAGUGUGACAAGCUCAUAAUGGCUUCACUUAACAAGAACUAUGUUGACAUGGAUGAGUACCCUGUCACCACUGAACUCCAGAACCGGUGCGUUAAUAUAAUAGCAAAUCUAUUCCACGCUCCUAUAAAUGAAGAUGAGACAGCAGUAGGUGUGGGAACUGUGGGGUCAUCAGAGGCAAUAAUGUUAGCAGGUUUGGCUUUCAAAAGGAAAUGGCAGACCAAGAGAAAAGCAGAAGGCAAACCAUAUGACAAGCCUAACAUAGUUACUGGGGCUAAUGUGCAGGUUUGUUGGGAAAAAUUUGCACGGUACUUUGAGGUAGAGCUCAAGGAAGUGAAACUCACAGAGGGAUACUAUGUGAUGGACCCAGUGAAAGCAGUUGAAAUGGUGGAUGAGAACACCAUUUGUGUUGCAGCCAUUUUGGGGUCAACUAUGACUGGAGAAUUUGAGGAUGUGAAACUUCUCAAUGAACUUCUCACUGUAAAGAACAAGGAGACAGGUUGGGAUACCCCAAUUCAUGUAGAUGCUGCCAGUGGGGGGUUUAUUGCUCCAUUUCUCUAUCCUGAUCUAGAGUGGGAUUUUCGUUUGCCAUUGGUGAAAAGCAUCAAUGUUAGUGGUCACAAGUAUGGUCUUGUCUACCCUGGUGUUGGUUGGGUUGUCUGGAGGAGUAAGGAUGACUUGCCAGAUGAACUUGUUUUUCACAUCAAUUAUCUUGGUUCUGAUCAGCCCACUUUCACAUUGAAUUUCUCUAAAGGAUCCAGUCAAAUUAUUGCACAAUAUUACCAGUUUAUUCGGCUUGGCUUUGAGGGUUAUAAAAACAUCAUGGAAAAUUGCUUGGAGAAUACAAGAGUUCUGAAAGAGGGAAUUGAGAGAACAGGGCAGUUUAACAUCAUCUCCAAGGAUAUAGGGGUGCCCCUUUUGGCCUUCUCUUUGAAAGACAGCAGCCAACACUCAGUGUUUGAGAUAUCAGACCAGCUGAGAAAAUUUGGCUGGAUAGUUCCAGCCUACACAAUGCCACCAGAUGCACAACACAUUGCGGUCCUAAGGGUGGUGGUCAGGGAGGAUUUCAGCCGUGGCUUGGCUCAGAGACUUGUUUCUGACAUAGAAAAAGUUAUGAAGCUCUUGGACUCACUUCCAAGCACUGUCUCUAACAAAACUGCUCAUAUCACAGCCAUCACUAAUGAGACUAGUGAGAAGAUAAAAAAGAGUGCAACAGAGACUCAGAGAGAGAUUGCUUUGUACUGGAAGCGACUUGUGGGUGGCAAGAAACAUGGAGCAUGUUAGGCUUACCAAAUCUUGGUUUUUGAUAACCUUGUUGAGAGUGAUGGUGGUGCUUUCAUAUUUAUGUGCAUAUGUGUGUUUGUGAUGACUAUGUAGCAAUAAGAAAUGGCAAUGCAUGACAGAUUCUUAUAGUCA